CCCACCCCUCCCCCACCUCACCGUACGAUGCCCGUCCACCAGAUCUCCGUGGUCCCGGCCAAGGAGACGGCAAGCAAUGGGAGAAACUCCGGCAAAAGCAAGGACAGAAAUAAAGAUGAGAAUGACAAAGUUCCCAGACGUUCAGGAAGCCGAACCAGCAACAUUUCCAAGGCGAGUAGCUCCACGACGGGGAUCGGCCCCCACAGCGUCUCCCGCACCUCUGUCACCUCCUCUUCUCAGGAUAUCUGCAGCUUCGGGGUUCUCCCAGCAUUGGAGGAGGAUGUCCUCAAGCUGCACACACCUGAUGGGACUCCAGGCCACAAGGGGGCGCCUUGCACUGGGAGACAGGCUAAGAGGAGGCACAGGAGGAAGAAGCAGUUCUGCCGAGCCUGCGAGCGCCCCAUCAGGCCGCGGGGAGUCGAUGGGGCCUCCAGGAGCUGCAAGGAGCCGCCCGGGCAUUGUAACAUCUGCCGUCGGGAGUCGGACUCUUCCUCAGAGGAGGAGGAAGAGGAGAAACGGAGGCAGGAGAGGAGCUGGAUCUGGAGCCGGGGGAGGGCCAGGGGGCGCAGCAAAGAGAGGAGCACAGAGGGGGAAGGCGCCGAGCUGGCCUCUGCGGGCCCCAAAUCGGCAGGGGGCCGGGGGCGAGCCCCCCAGGGUGGCCUGAAGAAGAGACAUGGACUCUCAGCUAGCAGGGAGGAGCAGCAGCCGCAGGGGGAGGCAUCAGGCUGCGGAGUCACGUACAGGAGCCCCGCCGAGGAGGACCGCAUCUGCAAGGGCUACAGAGAGCUGGACUCGGGGACUGAGGACCAAGCCGCCCCCUCGGCCAGGAGGUCAGGUGGCCCAGCACAGUACACAGACGACGAUGCGGAGGUGUGCAGGAUCUGCCACUGCGAGGGCGACGAGGACUGCCCCCUGAUCACGCCGUGCCGCUGCACGGGCAGCUUGCGCUUCGUCCACCCCGACUGCCUGCACCAGUGGAUCAAGAGCUCUGACACACGCUGUUGUGAGCUCUGCAAGUAUGACUUCAUCAUGGAGACUCAGCUGAAGCCGCUGCGCAAGUGGGAAAAACUUCAGAUGUCCACCCGUGAGAGGCGUCAGAUCUUCUGCUCAGUCAGUUUCCACAUUAUAGCGGUCAUCUGCGUCGUGUGGUCUCUCUAUGUGCUGAUUGACAGAACAGCCGAGGAGAUAAAACAGGGCAGAGAAAAUGGUGUGUUGGAGUGGCCCUUCUGGACCAAACUCAUCGUGGUGGCAAUCGGAUUCACCGGGGGCCUUAUCUUCAUGUACAUCCAGUGUAAGGUGUAUCUUCAGCUUUGGAGGAGACUCAAGGCGUAUAACCGGAUCAUCUUUGUCCAGAACUGUCCGGACACGGUGAAAAAGGGAGAAGAGAAGAUGCUACCCGCAAGCCAAGUGAAUGGCAAACAUGACUCUGUGGAGGUCCCGGUGCCCCAGACGGAAACAAACUCUCACCGGCCAGUAGGGGGCGACACCGUUCCAGACGUAGCGCCCGUCUGACCGCUUACAGCGGAUCCCUCGUGAAAUAUCCAUCCAGCCCCCCCACCAUUCCCACUUUAUUUCUGAGACCUAAAGUUUUGAAGACGAGAACAAAUUCAGGUUCUGUCGAGAACUUGGCAGUCGUCAUGGUGACAGUUUUUAAGACCACUGCUCAGAAUGAAAGGAACUUAUCGAUGUUUAACAAAGGCAGAAAUGGACCCCAGACCAGGCCACCUGUUAGCCGUAAGCACAAAGGAGCUCUUACUUGGGGUGUCGGAAAAAUAGCCCAUUGUAUGAGUUAUUUGCAGUUUUAUACAAAAAAUUCCAGUUGGUGCACAAAUCGAUUUUAAUGGCAUAUGUAAUCACAUUAAAAGAAUCUUUAUAGUCCGAUAUAUUUUAUACCAAAUCACCAUCAUUAGGAAACAAUGUUUUAAAUCCUAUUUUAACCAGCAGGGGGGUGAUUUAACAGAGCUGACACCCCAGUCGAGUGCAGAAGUCCAAUUUAUGAUUUAAAUGUCUGUUUUUCAUCUGUUAGGUAUCUGAGCAUCUCCAUAACGAACAUGAAUGUGCAGUCAGACGUGGUGAUGUCUGUGGUGUUUUGUUUGUUCGGAAGGAUGGGUUUCAGCCCUCGGAUCAGCGCGGGUCCCCCGAGUUCUGCUACCGCAGAGAAGCCGGACACCAGGCGUUGGUGCCCAAGAGGAAUCGGAGCAUUAGCUUCGAGGGGAGGGGGAGGGGAGGUGGCCACAUGUAGCAUGUAGCUUGUAUUGUAAAUACCUUAAAUCACAUAAUAAAAUAUUAACGUUGAAGCACAGAGACCAUUUACUCCGUUGGGAUUGUGGUCAUGAUUGACUGAUUUGACCUCUGACCAGGUAUGGGGAGGCUCAACAUGCACAUGGAAAUAGGUGUUUUAAUUGGGAGCCCCAACCUUUUGACCUGCCUACCCCAUGGGCACAGGACUUGGGGGUAGGUAGGGUUAGGGUUAGGCUUAGGCUUGGUGGAAGCCUGUUACCAGCUGGUGCCACAUGACCAGUUCAUAUGGCUCACAGGACACGAGGUGGUCAGAGUAUUCAGACAUCCCUGCUUACAUGCAUUUGAGUUUUGGCAAUAAAGUCUACAAGUAUGCAAGUACUCAUGGCAGGGUUGUUGGACUUUUGAAGUAGCCUCCUGUCCCUCAUGCCGGCCAGCUAAUAUCAGCUGAACAUGCGGAAGUUAUAGAAUGACUCUGAUAAACUGUGUUUUUCUGUUUUCUAACAUUUCUUCUAAUUGUUCCUGUGUCUCGGGACGUUACCGAAAAUCUUGUAUUACCGGGUAGAGCCGAUACUCUUCGUUAUCCACUUAAUGAACAAAUGGUUUGCACUUCUUUCGUUAAGGUAUCAGAUUUUCCCGAAUGUACCAAACAAGAAUGACAAGAUAUCAAUAACAGUACAUGUGAACUAUGCCAAUUACAACAUGGUUACCCAUUCAUUACAUAUUAAUGUUGGGUACCCCAACUCUGGUCGUAUGUGUGUGUAUAUAUAUGUAAACUCAAAUGGUGAAAUAAAUGUAUGUACACAGCAGA